CCACUAUUAUUUAAAGGAGGAAGUUCUGCAACUCUACACAAUUCUAGUCCUUUGAUUCCUCACAACAAAAAUACGCCUACUUAAGAUGCCUUCAAGAAUUCACGUCAAGUUUGUUACAGAGCGCAAGAAAUAUUUGGAAGAACAGAUAAAAGUUCUGGAACCUGUUUUGGGAAAUAUGAAAAAUGUUGUUGCAAAAAGUAAGGCGUGGCUAGAAGAAAAAACUGACCAAUCAUCUGUCAGCUACAUCGAGCUAUCACAAGAACUGGACACAGCAGCCACGGCCUUGUUGGAUGUGACGUCACAUAUUUCAAACGAGGACAACAUGGAUGUCAACAAACCAACGCCAUCUUUACCACAGCCUGACACACAGACAACAGCAACAUUUCUAACAGUAGAAUCAACAAGACAACUCAAGACACAAGUCACACAUACAGCGGUUGAAGAACAUCCUGACCUAGAGCGUAGACUCGCCUAUAUUGAAACAACACUAUCUUCACUACAGGACACACAACACAAGUCUACAGAUGACAUAGCAGAAAUAAAACAAUGGAGAGACAACAUUGUAACAGAACAGAGUGACAUGGGGGUAAACAUUGAACAACUGACCAAAAAACAAAAGCAGAAUUUUAAAAACCUCAGAAAACAAAUGAGUGAACAAGAUAACAAAGUAAAGGAGCUGAAAAAAGAAAUUGAAAGUUUAAAAGAAAAAGAAUCCAAGUCAAACAAAACACUAGAUAAACUUUUUAGAGAUAUGAAGGAAUAUGAGAAUAGCGUAUACAAAAUAAAUAAAGAAAUGCAAGAUCACACAGACAAAACAGACAGUAUAACUCAAGAAAUUAAAACACAUUCUGAUAAGAUGUCUAACCUACAAGAAGUGCUUUCUAAAAAUAUGCUGAAUACAUCAACUCAAUUAGAAAAGUACAUUUUAAUAAACAAGCUACUGCACCAAAGAUUGAUGCCCAUUGAAAAAUUGAUUCAAAUCUUUAACCAGAAGUUGGAAACAAGGGAAAAAAGGAUAACAAAGCUGGAAAAUAUUGAAGAUGCUAUUUCAAAAUUGUCCAAAGAUUUGAAUCUAAUAGAGUCACGUGUAUGUAACAGAUAUGCUUGUCAUGUACAGCUUGCUGGUCCCACACCUGUCAGUACUGGAUCAAUUAUUUCAAGAUUUAAAGAAGUACGUGAAUAUAACGGUCAACAUUUUAAUCAAACAACAGGAACAUUUGUAUCACCACAUGAUGGUUUAUAUCUUGUUUGUGUAACUCUACAUGAAUGGGAAGAUAAGCAGAUUGGAGUUGCUGUGAUGGCUGGAGGCAGGUGCUGUACGGCUAUAGAAGUGAAAUGUGCCAACACUAGCGCUGCUGGGUCAGUGGUUGUUGACAUGAAGAAAGGUCAAGUAAUUUACCUUGAAGUGUUUCACGCAGAUCAAGACGCAGCUUUAUCCUGGCGCAGUAGUUUUACUAUCGUUAGUUUAUAGAAGUACAACACAAAACAUGGUGGAUGGUAAUUUUUAAAACAAUCAAAUAUGUAACCACCAUGUUAAACACACGCUAACAACUUACUAAGUGGGUAGACUGUAUGUCUACAAACACUUGAAUGAUUUACAUGAAAUUUGUUUAGUUAUCAUUUUGUUUGUAUUGAUUUAAUAUGAUCACUAAUUAUGUUUUCUACUUGACCAACGUUAUAGAAUAUAAGUAUGUACCAUUUCCUUCACUGUAUAGGAGCACAAAUGUAUUUGAAUACGUUUGGUUUGUAAAAAAAAAUUAAAAUGUAUUUACAUUGUUAACAGAACCCUUGAGACAAACCAAAUGAACUUCCACAAAGACGAAUAUUAAAAUAUCUUCACUGUACAUCAUCAGUAUGUGCCCUAUGUAUCGAAAGUAGGCUAUUAAUCCAAGUUAGUCAUUUGUAAAAUAAAAAUUACAAUUAUUUUUAUUUUACUACAAGUCUCCGUAAUUGUGAACACUACAUUCGUUCAAUAAAUAAAUGACAGCUUAUCUGUAUUAAAAACAUGUUUUCCUUUAUUUAGUAACACUGUAUCUUUAAAUUAACAAACAUCAACACAAACGAAAAUCGUUACAUCUA